AUGACGACAGACGUCAAGCGCCAUCGCAAGUGGACCAAGCAGCUGCGCGAGGCGGUGCAGGCGGACGGCUGGGGCCAAGUCCUCGAGGCCGUCGAAGCCUACGAGCAGACGUCGAUCCGGAUCAUGGAAGAGCUAUCCGAGAUGGACUUGUCGCCCGAGCAGCAAGAUCUCAUCGAGAAGGUCGUCGUGACCAUCAACCACCGCGUCAACUGCCUGAGCUCGCUCGACGCCCACGGCAACCGACCCACCAAAGACGAAAUGGCCGAAAUUGCCGACGUUCUCGAGUCGGCUCUCCAGCCCACGCCGCGCGUCUUUCCGAUCGACCUUGCCGACUUGGAGCCGCCGCCCAGCCCAGAGAAGGCGCCGGCCGCCACACCACCGUCGCUGCGCGGCGCCGAGGCGGUUGUCAAGGACAGCACUGGCGGCGGGCGGCUUGAGAUUCACAUUGAGAAGAUCGGUCUCAAGGACGCUGCCCGCUACGUCGACCCGCAGAUGCUCGUGUCGGUCUACAGUGAAGACGCGGGGUACCUCGAGCCCAAGGUCGAGUUGCCAGCGUCGACGGCGCUCAACCCGCCGUACAUUGCGUUUCAGCACACGAUUGCGCUCCAGACGCCGCUGGAGACGCUCCGAAGCCAAAACGGCGCCGUCUUCUUCGAGCUGCUGCACUACAAAAAAGCCAAGCGAAAGAAGAGCGUGCGGUGCUGGGCAAUGCUCGAGAUGGACGAGGUGCGCGAACCUGGGCCGCGCGUGCUCGAGCUGUACGCCAAGCCCUGCGACGUGCACCGCAAGGCGAUCCACCUCCUCACCGAGAAACCGCUCUAUCUGCACGUGACGCUGCGCUGA